ACCUGCAAUGACAACAACAACAACAAUAACUAACUCAGCUGGCAGUUGCAGUCCCACAACACAGUGUGAUUUCGUUUGCUGUGUACGAUAUAACAUUUAAAUGUUAAACUCCUGAAGGGAAGCUGAAGACUUAAGUAUUUUUUUUUUACAGGAAAAGAUCUUUUUGCGUCGUGAGAAGAAAAGAUGUCGAUAGAAGAAAACAAGGUCACAUCGGUGGUUCCUUCAGAAAGAGAGCAGUGCACCUACACAGCAUGCUACUGUGAAGAAAAUGUUUGGAAGCUGUGUGCCUUGGUAAAAGAUUCAUGUCCCGAGGAAGAAUUCAACAAAUGCAGCUGUGUGUUCAUAUCUAACGAUAAGAGACAGAUUCCUCUAUGGCAUCAGAGAGCUGGCAAGAACCCUGAGCGGCUUGUUGUAUGGGACUACCACGUCAUCAUGGUGUAUAACGAGAAAGAGUCGCCUCUGGUCUAUGACCUCGAUACAGAGCUCAGCUUCCCGUGCCACCUCAAAGAGUACGCUGCCGCGGGGAUCGGUGAUGAGAAGUCGAUGCACUCCAAGUACAAGAGAAUGUUUCGCGUGAUUCCCGGCCAGGAGUUUCUGUCCACCUUUGCCUCUGACCGGUCCCACAUGCUGGACAAAGAGGGAGGCUGGAUGUCUCCCCCACCGGACUACCCCCCCAUCAAGACUGAGGCCUCCAGCAACAACAUCCAAGAGUUCAUCUCCAUGGACAAGAGCGUCAAGCACGGCCAGGUCUACAAUCUGAGCGGGUUCCUUCACAAGUUUGACACCAGCCUCAGCUAACCAACGGCUGCCACGUCACCCCCCCCCCGGACGACCCCCAUCUUCUGCUGCAGCUGUGAUAUAUUCUCAUGUACAGAAAGUAGUUGUUGAAUAUCUAUGUACCGAAAGUAGUUGUUAAUUGGUCGCUUUUAAGGACAAGCGGGCUAACCCAGAUUACGGGGGUUUCCAGAAAUCUUGACCUA